AGACACCUCCUAACCCAACGUCAGUCCACUAAAGCAUUCACGUGUCGUAUUUAUAUACUCGAGAAAAUUAUUCUAUUGACCACGCGGUUUUUUUCAAAAAUAACAAUAAAAUUUUCCAAAUAUUUUGACAAUUUAGAUUUUUUUCCAAAAAAUUUAAGCUCUUUUUAAAUAUUUAAAUGAUUUUUUAAAAAUAUUUAAAUGUGUAAAACAAAACUUUAAAGGUAUUUUUAGAUUCCCUUUAAAAAGAAAACCAAUUAACUGACAUUUCAGUUUUUAAGUGAUGUAAAUUUCAGAACAUUUCAGUAGAAAAAGUGAUGUUUUUUUUUUCGUUUUGAAAUGAAAUUUCGUUGAAAAAAUGAAAUUGAGAAAAAAUGAUGCGUGAAUUCAACUGAAGAGAAAUUUGGAGGGAAAAAAAAAAAGAAAUGUCGAUCAAGUGCUGCAAAUUUGGAAUGAAUUGUUCACGAGGAAAUAUGAGGCCACUAUCAAUUUGGAUUAAUAGAAUAUUGAAGUGUACAAUUUUCAUAUUGCUUAUUUCGGAAAAUUGGUGUUUGACAUUUUCCGGUAACUCGUCAAAUGUUUUUGUGGAAAAGUGCCGAAGAGAUUGUGUGAAUCAAAAAGAUGCGGUUGUGUGCGGUCGAUAUCGAGUUGUCAGAUGGUUACAGGAUGUGAAAGAGAAGGAAUUUAAUUACGGACCCUUUAGAAUUGUUAAGGUACCAUCAUUAGAUGGGGAAACAAUUUUUCCUCGAUUACCACGAAUCAAUGACACUAGAAAUGGUUUAGUAGAUACUUUAAGUUUUGUUCGAGACGCCGCCGAGGAUAUGUUAACCAAACGUGCUCUCGUGUAUACAAUUGAAUAUUCUCCAGGAGCAAGAAGCCUCACUUCUGGUCCCAUUGUUCUCGAUGAUGAUGAAUUUAAAAAAAUGACUUUAUCAAAUAAAGGAGAGGAGCGAAUAUUUCACAAGAAGAAAAAACACAUUAUUCUGCCAAUUUUAAUUCUUUUGAAUCUCAUCAAAUUGAAGCUACUUUUACUACCAGUUUUUUUGGGGGUUCAUUUCAUCAAGAAGAUUCUUGUAAUCGGCUCUUUGUUGCUUCCCUCAAUACUUUCUCAUCUAAAAAUCUGUAAAGUUCCUCAUUAUCCUGUUCAUCAGGCCUGGGCCACGGCUGCCGAAGCUCCUGUCGAUUAUCCAACAGGAUAUGGCCAUGAAGAAUCACCUUGGCACAGAAACGAUGUUCAAAGUCAUAUUUACUCUGGAUACCAUGCUGGAUACUCCAAUCCUUAUUCGGGAUAUUAUCAGGGAUAUAGACAACGUCGGUGAUUAAUUAACGGAGUGCUAAUGAACAUUUUUUCAAUUAAUAUAUAUUUAUUUCAUUAAUGCGCAAUCGAAAAUAUAAAUUAAUGUCUAGUGAAAUAUAAAAUUAGUUAUAUUUAAUGAUAAUAUAAACUUCAUUAUAUUGAAUAGGUAAAACUACACGACUUUUGUUCAAUUUGUAAAUAUGAAAAAUUACACAUGGUGAAUUUAAUUAUAUACAUAAUAAUAAACUUAAUUUACCAUAAUGUGUAAUCUUUUAUUAUAAUUUGUUAAAAGUCAUAUAAACAAAGUCGUUUCACGGAAUUAAUUACCUUAACAAUUGUAGUCUUCUAAUUUAAUUUUAUUUAAUAGUAUACAUAUCAUCAUUAUCUAUUUAUUUCAUUUUAUUCAUGACCGGUAAGAGGUUCUUUAAAAUAUAAUAUAUAUUGUUUGUAAA